CGGCUCUCGUGCUGAGAUGACCCCUCCGCCCCCCUCGCGCCCGCACCGCCAUGGACGCCCCCUCUAACUCCGCCUCCUCCUCCAGUUCCACCGCUGCUGUCCUCCCGGCCGACGGGCAGGAUGACCGGGCUUCGGUUUGGCCCACUCAGGACUCUCCCGCCUCUCCAGCCACCAAAGAACCCCCCCUCGCGGACCCUCCCCUCUCUGCCUCCGCCUCUCCUGAUGAAAUCGUUUGGCCCGGCUCCAGUUCCCAGGCAGCAGCCGCCUCCACAAAACUCCCGGCGGCCAUCUUGUCCACACCACAACUCCAAGCUGACUUUGGCCUAGUGAUACCAAACCCGUCCCCCCUCCCUCAGCCGACACGCCCUGGAGAAGAUGGGAAUAAGGAAGAAGCAGCAGCAGAUGUUAAUGAUGACGAUGGAGAGGAUGGUGGAACUGAGGCCCAGCUCUUCUUCUCUGCCAAAGGCUUGGCCUAUCUCCUCAGCGGUGGCCACGUUCUCUUACCAAAGGGCUCCCCUAGCACCACAGCUCCCCCGGUGUCUAUCCUCCACGUCCAGUGCGGUGGAGGCCCUAACCAAGGCUUUAUGUCUACUGACCAAAUGUCCCAGAAUACCUCAGCGCCAGCCGAGUGGACCCCUCGUGGCGCCUUCUACACUUACCGACUGGCUGGGGCCCCCGCUCGAACCACAUCUGCCAAAAACGUUCCCUCCAAACCCAAAGAUGCCCCCACCGCCCACGCGGAGGAUGAGGAAAAACCCCAAGGGGAAGCCAGUCUUGGCCAAGAAGAGGAGCUACCAAGGCCACCCAUCUGGCUGUGUCUCAUAUGCCGCCUUUCUUUCCACCGGGGCCGUUCCUUGGAGACCCAUGUUCUUGUGGCUCACGGGGUGCAGCUGAGCGCCAACCAAUGCCAGACCUUGUCCAGAGGGGCUUCUGCCGUGUUCCAGGGUACCACACUUGGCUUCCUCGAACCAAAUAACCCCACCACUGAGGCAGACCUCAAUGCCAGAAUGUGUAGCAGAUGGGUGAAUGUAUCAGAAGAGAAGGAGGAGGAGGAAGAGAAGAAAGGAAGCUCGGAAGGACAAUGCGAGCCACCCGAUGCCAAAGAUUCAAGGGUCGGCGGUGCGCACUGGGCAAAGGGGGGCUUGGAGGACAAACCAGAGGAUGGAAAGGAGGAGGAGGAGGGGAAAGAGGAGGCUGACGAAAAGAAAGAGGAAGGAAGGCAUCUCCCAGACCAAAGCUCACAUGGCCAAAGCCCACUCAUGGGUGCUAACGCCCCCCUCUCGGAGACGCCGCAGACCAAGGUUGAUAGUGACGUCGACAUUGGGUUGGCCAAGGAAGACGUCAAUGUGGAGAUGGCCAACAAAGUUGCCGGCUCGACCAAUGAGGUUGUCAGCGUUGGACUGGUUCAAGACAGUGCUCAAGUUGAACUAGCUGGCAAACCCAACGACGCUGGGUCGGCCGCCAAAGGGAACAGCGAAGACCUUACCCACACUGCAGAAACCAACAAUGCCGGGUCGGCUCCUGACGCCGGCGCUGCCGAGCUAGCCCACAGCAUCAGUAACAUGGGGAUGGCCAACGACAUGGCCAGCGUCGGGUUCGAGGUGAACAGCAGCCACAACGGAUCGGCUCCGCUCAGCUUCGGGGAAGAUUUUACAGCCAUGGCCUAUUCCGGCUUGAGUUUAUCCGGCCACAUGUCCCUGCUACAUUCACGCAACUCCUGCAAGACUCUGAAGUGUCCGAAGUGUAACUGGCAUUACAAGUACCAGCAGACUCUGGACGUGCACAUGAAGGAGAAACACCCGGAGAACAACAGCCACUGCGCCUACUGCAGCACGGGCGGCCCGCACCCCCGCCUGGCCCGGGGCGAGAGCUACAACUGUGGCUACAAACCAUACCGUUGCGAGGCCUGCAACUAUUCCACGACCACCAAGGGCAACCUCAGCAUCCACAUGCAGUCCGACAAGCACUUGGCCAACCUCCAAGGCUACCAGGCCACGGGGGGCAACGGGACCCCUUCGGUGGUCCCCGCCGCAACUCCUACCCCGUCCUCUCCCGAGGAGAAGGAAUCAAAGGGCAAGUCCUCUUGGCAGUGCAAAGUUUGCAGCUACGAGACAAACAUCUCCCGCAACCUCCGGAUCCACAUGACGUCUGAGAAGCACAUGCAGAACAUGCUUCUGCUCCAUCAAGGGCUGCCCUUGGCCCUGCCCGGACUCCUAGGACAACCCCAGCCCUCGCAAGGAGGCAAGCCACAGCCAGAGCUCUUCCAGUUCUAUGGGGCCCAGGCCCUCAGCCACUCCCAUCACCCCCAUCCGCACCACGCUCAUCCCGGGGCCAGCCCAGCUCUGCGGGGGGACAAGCCCAUGGAACAAACUCAACUUUUACUCAACGGAGCCUUCCCGCAUCUCAGUACCCCCGGCCGGAAGAUAGCUACCUUGGGGUCAGCCCCGGCGUCGCUCUCUCCGGAGCCUGCCCCACCUUCCCCGCUGCCGCCCCACUCCGGAUCAGACCUGGGGUCUCCCCAGAGGUUGUUCACAUGCCUGGUGUGCCAGGCGUUCAGCACCGACGGCCUGGAGGCACUCCUGCGGCACGCGUCAGCCCCGCGCUCGCUGCCCGAGGGGGAAUGGAAGGAGGUGUCGGGGGAUUUGCAUCGAUGCAGGCUGUGCGCCUACGGGACCCAGCUAAAGGCCAACUUCCAACUGCAUCUCAAGACCGACAAGCAUGCCCUGAAAUACCAGCUGGUGGCCCACUUGCGUGAAGGAGGCAACAGUGGAGCCCACCUGGGGGCGGAGCUUCCUCUGGGCCCGCCCCUUCACCUGCACUGCAACCUCUGCGAAUAUGAGACCAACAGCAAGGAAAAGAUGCGCCUGCACGUAGCUGGAGGAAGCCACCAGGAGGCGCUGCAAGGUUACAAGUUCCUCCUAGAGCUGGAGGCCACGUCAGCACCACCGCCGGCCCCGGAACCUGCCCCGUUCCGCUGUCUCCUCUGCAACGUGGACGCUCCCAACCGCCUGCUGAUGAUCCAGCACCUCCGCUCCCCCCAACACCGUGACACCCACGGCCAGUGGCGCCUUCAGCUCUUGCAGAACGGGGAAGGCACCCCCAGCCUGGAGAGAUACAUCUGCUUGGCCCCUGCAAACCCCGCCGGUAACUGCCCCGUGGACUGCGCAGGGAAAGAAAUGGUGUCGGAAAGCCAAUCCCCAGAGAAAGAAACACUGAAUAAAGCCCAAAUGCCUGGUUCGGACGAGACUGAAGCAAAAGCCGGAGCGGCAGCCAAUAUUACGGUGUACUGCUGCCCGUACUGCAACUUUGUCGACCCGUCGGCCGAAGCGGUGCGGGCUCACACCAUCUCCCAGCAUGCCGUGCAGCCCAAGUUCCGUUGCCCGUUAUGCCAAGAGCAGUUGGUGGGCCGGACUAACCUCCACUUUCACCUCAGCCACAUUCACAACGUGGUGCCCGAGUGUGUGGAGAAGCUUUUGCUGGUGGCCACCACUGUGGAAAUGACCUUCGCCACCAAAGUUGUACCAGGCCCCACCCUCCCUCUUGACCCACCAAAGCCAGAUGGGACUCCCAGCCCAGAGCAAGGGGGUGCAAGCGAACCCCCCCAAAGCCCACUUGUCGCGCCGUCCACUGGGGAGAAAGUUGCUUCGGCUCCAGCCCUGCGCCCUGAAACGCCCCCUGCUGCUGCUCCUUCCCCAGCGCCACCUGUAGACCCUCCAGAAAAGCCACCACCUCCCCCCUCUUCGCCCCCUCCCCCACCUGCUCCUCCCGAGGCUGAAGACGAAGACCCUCCUCGUCCAACCGCCCCACCUGAGGAGCAGCCGCUGCCCCCGUCGCAGGCCCCGAUGGAUCUUCCGGAGUCCUCGCCACCUACCCAGCCGAGCCCGGAUCCCCGGCACCCGCUGUCCUACCGCAAGGCAACCAAUUUUGCCUUAGACAAAUUCCUGGACCCAGGCCGCCCGUACAAGUGCACGGUAUGCAAGGAAUCCUUCACUCAGAAGAACAUCCUCUUGGUGCACUACAAUUCCGUCUCCCACCUCCACAAGAUGAAGAAGGCUUCGGCCGACCCCUCGGCGCCCUCCCGAGGUGAACCGGGCGCCCCGGGAGCUCUCCAGCCAUCCUCUGACAAGCCUUACAAGUGUACCACCUGCCGGGUUUCCUACAACCAGAGUUCCACGCUAGAGAUACACAUGAGGUCAGUUCUGCACCAAACCCGCUCCCGCGUCGCCAAGAUGGAAGCCGCCGGCAAAGCUGAGAGCGCGUCUGUUGAAGCAGAGCCCCCAAGUGAGGCACCCCCGGAAGCGGAGGCCCCUAAGCUCUUAGAGGCUGGCUGUAUGCCAGUACCGGCUCUCCCCUUUUUGGCACCGCCGACGGCAGAGCUGCAGCGCUUCCCCACGCCCAUAUUUACGCCACCGCUGCUGCCGCCCUUCCCCUUGGUCCCCGAGUCCCUCCUAAAACUGCAGCAGCAACAGCAGCAGCUUCUGCUUCCCUUCUAUUUACACGACCUCAAGGUGGCCCCCAAACUGGCUUUAGCGGCGCCAGCGCUGACCCUGCCCACCACACCACCCGUACUGUUGCCACCUCCUCCGGCUAAGGAAGAGCAGGCCCCCGCACCGAGCAGUUCCAAGCCAGAGCCGGCAGAAGAGGCGGAAACGGAGGAGGCAGAGGGGUCUCAGACAGGGAGUGAGGCGUCCCGCACGGCAGCCAAGGCCCUUCUGGAGAACUUUGGGUUUGAGCUGGUUAUCCAAUACAACGAGGGCAAGCAACCAGCGGUGGCUGCAGCUCCAGCGGUCCCCCCUCGACCACCGGCAGGCAAGCUGCAGUGCGGCACGUGUGGGAAACAGUUCUCCAACAUGCUCAUCCUGAAAACACACGAAGAGCACGUUCACCGGCGCUUCCUACCUUUCGAGGCGCUCAAUCGUUACGCUGCCCAGUUCCGGAAGAGUUACGACAGCAUGUAUCCACCCCCACCGCCUGCGCUCCCUGUUGAGACCACCACCUCUGUGGCUGCUCCCACAACCACCGUUGCUGCCGCCGCCGCCACCACCACAGAGACCUCAACUGUCACUGUCCCGACACCACCCUCCAUUCCUCUGGAUAUUCCUUCCCUCUGCCCUCCCUUUUUAAUGCAACCCAUGCCAGUGGCAGUUCCGCCACCCGACAGCGAGACUCCCCGGGUGUCUCCAGAGCGCUUGAAAUCUCUGUGGUUUCGGGGUGAGGACGAGGAAGGUGGCAAUUUGCCUGUGGGUCUUGAUCCUUCCCGAAGUGGCUUUCACGCCACUCGGCGCUUCUCCCGCACUAAAUUCACCGAGUUCCAGUCUCAAGCUUUGCUGUCCUUCUUCGAGUCCAGCGCUUAUCCCAAAGACGGUGAGGUUGAGCGACUGUCCGUACUCUUGGGCUUGCCAAACAGAGUUAUCGUGGUCUGGUUCCAAAAUGCUCGUCAGAAGGCCCGCAAGUGCGGCAGCGAAACUGGGGUGAGCAGCGGAAGCACCGGGGCACAGCCCACCUGCAAGAAGUGCCGGACGUCUUUCCGCUGCAUCUUUGAGCUGAUCCGCCAUCUCAAGAAGUGUUACAAUGACCAGCACGAGGAAGGGGACGCUUACUGUGCCGAGGAAGAGAAUGAGGCUCACGAGGAAGAAGAACAGGAGGAGGAAGAGGAGGAGGAACAGCAGCAGCAAGAACCUUCAGCAACUGAUGGAGACCCUAAGACAGAUGGAGCCGGAGAGAAAGUCCCCGAGGAAGAGCUACCAUCUCCAGAGGCCCUGCCAGAAAGCUCAACCAAUCACCCCUGUGAGCAGUGCCCAGCCAAGUUCUCUAGUGCUGACCUCCUCAAUGCCCACCAUGUUAGUCAUCUGCCAGCAGCCGCUCCUUCAUCAGCUGCCGCUAGCACCAUUGGACCUCCCCAACACCUCCUGGAUUUGCCUCCCUUGGUGUUUGGCGAGCGUCCUGCUCACCCCGAUCCCUCCCGUGCCCAGAAACGGAAACAUGAAGAUGGGAGCUUGUCGCCCACUGGCAGCGAAUGCGCCAGCAUGGCAGGAGGGGAUAGUGAGCCUCCUCGGGAUAAGCGCCUGCGCACCACCAUUUUGCCCGAGCAGCUGGAGAUUCUGUAUCGCUGGUACAUGCAGGACUCUAAUCCGACCCGGAAGAUGCUCGACUGCAUCUCAGAAGAAGUAGGGCUUAAAAAGAGGGUCGUCCAGGUGUGGUUCCAGAACACAAGAGCCCGCGAGAGGAAGGGCCAGUUUCGCUGUAACACCAGCACCGCUGUCCCAACCACCAAGCCCUCAACGGCACUCUCUACCACCUUCCCAAAGUUCAACCCUUCGCCUCGAGACCCACCCAUCCUUUAUGGAGCUGCCUUCGCCCCCAGCCUCCCUGCAGUCUCUGCCCAGCUGCCGCCGCCACCACCAAGCAAGCCAGAAGCUCCUGUGGAUUCACAAACGCAGGAUGAAGCAGCUGAAGAAGAGGUGUCCAAGGAAAACGAAGACAGAAGCUUGUCAGGAGGGGAGUUGAGCGAUUCAUCAUCCUCGUCAUCUUCUCUGGCUGAUCUGGAUUCCCCAGGCAGCCGACGAAGUCGAGCAAUGGAGGGCGGUCUCGGAGGCAUCCACGACCCUCUGGGUCAGCGCCGGUACCGCACUCAGAUGUCCAGCCUUCAGCUCAAAAUCAUGAAGGCUUGUUACGAGGCCUACCGAACUCCCACCAUGCAAGAGUGUGAGGUGUUAGGGGAAGAAAUCGGGCUGCCCAAGCGAGUGAUCCAGGUGUGGUUUCAGAAUGCCAGGGCCAAAGAGAAAAAAGCCAAGGCAGCCUCCGGCAGCACCAGUGGUGGCGAUGAAGGGCCCCCCAGCGCACAGGCUCAGUCCGAAUGCCCCUAUUGCGAAGUCAAGUACGAUUUCUACGUGUCCUGCCGUGGGCACCUCUUCUCCCGCGGCCACUUAGCCCGACUUAAAGAGGCCAUCAAGGCCCAGCUCAAGAGCGAAAGCAAGUGCUACGAGCUGGUGCCAGACAAAGGGACGCCAUCCCCGACGAGGCUAGGCGCCUCUAUGCCCCCCACCACCACCAUGCCGCCAUCCCUUGGGAGUAUGGCCUCCUUUGUGCCAGGCCCUUCCUCUUCUUCCUCUGGUGUUUUGAGCACCCCGUUGGCCUCAUCCCAGCCAGGCCCGCCCUUACCUCAGCGCCUCACACCAGAACCGGCUCAGCUCGAUCCCUCGACGGAGCCCGCUCCUGCUCCAGAGACCUCUCCGACUGACAGUCAGGUGGACCCGACUUCAAGUUCAGCCCUGGAACCCUCCUUGUCCUCCACUGCCACGCUGAAGAACCUCAAGACGCUGAAGGCCACAGUGCCGGCCCUGCUGGGUGGCCAGUUCCUGCCCUUCCCGUUGCCGGCAGCAACUGCGGCAGCCCCCUCGCUCUUCGGAGCCCAGCUGCCCGGGGCCUACUUCCAGCAGCUUUACGGCAUGAAGAAGGGGCUCUUCCCUAUGAACCCUGUCAUACCUCAGACACUCAUGGGGCUGCUGCCCAACCCCUUGCUCCCGACGCCUGCACCCGAGCCACCUGUCGAGGUGUCUGAGGCCCCUGGCAUCUCUACGGUUGACGUGACUCACCAGUACCUUUGCCGCCAAUGCAAAGCAGCCUUCGAAAGCGAGGGGGCGGCUGCAGCCCACCAGGCCGCCUUCUGCUACUUUGGGCGCCAGCCGCCGGCAGCCCCGCCCCCCCUGCGCGUGCCCGUGUGCACCUACCACUGCCUGGCCUGCGAGGUGCUUGUGAGUGGGCGCGAGGCACUGGGGGCUCACCUGCGCUCCAGCGCUCACCGGCGCAAAGCCGGAUCCAACGCAGCAACCGCAUCGGUGUUUGCCAAAGAGGAAUCCAAAUUACCUCACUCGGACUCCAACCCAAAAAGUAACGCUACCUCUACGACACUUCUAGCUUUAUAGAGACGGAUGCCACACUGCCACCCACUGAGAGAGAAUGACUAAACCAACCAGCCAGUAGAGGGAUGGGCACCCACUCGGGUGUCUCUCCUCUGCCCAGUACCCAAGAACCAACCCUCAACACCCUACCCAGCCAUGACCCUUCCUUGUGGCCAGCAAAGAUAAAUGACCAAUAAUUUUGAGAGACAGCCUCUUGCCACUCGUCCGAAGUCACAUCCACUGCCCUAA